UGAUGUCGCCUGCAAACAGGACGUCAUUGAUUACAAAUUAAAAGUCUCUCUGUGCUGUUUGCACAUCUCCAGAUGUGCCUGUGGGUCUGGAGGAGGCUGCAGGUGCGUGAACAGCUUCUCCCAUCGUCUCCGGGGACAUUCCCACUGCAGAUCCAUCUUACCUGGACCAAUGGGCUGCCCUGUAGCCAUGACGACGGUAAACAGGUGUGACGCAGGUGAAACAUUACCUUACUCAGCGGCUCUGGACAGAUGGCGAGUUCACAGCGAACGUCUAAACCCACCAACUUUGUGCAUCAGGAUGAAAUAUGGAAAGCACAUAUAAAAAUUGAGAAGGACGCUGUUGAAUCCUGGCCCAACAACUGGGGCUUCUUGUCUGAAGCCUACAAGGAGUAUGAGAUGAAGAGUGUAAAGCUGAAGGGGGCAAUCAAAACGGAGCUCCCCCCUGACCAGAUGACUCGACCUCUGACCCCUCCUCCAAAACACAUCCAUGUCGGCCCUUCCUCCGCUGUUCCUGUGACCACGCAGGCUUUCAUCGGAUGGCGCUCUGGAUCGUCACAGCUGGAGAAGUACAACACAGUGCAUCAUGGGAGGCGUAGUUUUCUGAAGGAUCUGGGUUGGCCUCUGGAGGCUUGCAGCUGAGUGGAAGUCCUCGUCCCACUUGUCAGAUCUUCUCACGGAGUCUGUGGUAGAGUAAUUGGUAGAGCUGUUGGUGCAUCCAUGUAUGGCAAGCCAUUAAAGCAUACUUUCAAACAAAACCUCAAUCUCUGUUUUGUGGAUAUCUUUAGACCAAAGUGCGACUGUUUUAAC